AUGUCCUUCGCCAAGGAACAGAUCCGGACCAAGGCACUCAUCACCAAGUACCGUCUCAAGUUGGUCCACCUGCAGGAUGCCGAGAUUUUCAAGGUUACCGAGCACCUCGAGCAAAUGGAGGACCUACUCACCGAUGUGAACAACCGUCUGGUUAACCUAAGAAGUAAAAUCGUAAAGGAGUCCGAUGCCAAAGUCCGCCAGGUCGACGUCACCAACUCCUUUCACCUGGUGCGGGAACAGCACAAAACCAAGGUACUCUGCGAGCGGUGGCAGGAUCGUCUGGACCAGCUGAAGAAGGCCAGAAUCGUCAGGAGCGAUCAACUACUUCAUAAGCCAACGAGUUUUCAGAAACCACAACAACAGUCUAGAUUACUGGAAAAACCGAAAACAGAACACCAAAAGUUGCAGGAGGCCCUGGUUUUGGAAGCAUCUAAAGCCAAGGGUGUCAAGAAUAGCAGCAAUGAAAUUGGCUGCAAGAGAUGUGCAUUCCUCAGCAAGAUGAAAAAACAAGAACAACCCAGGCUUUGUAGAGUAUGUAAAAAAUGGGCUGAUGAUAAGGGCAAGGCCAAAGAAACAGUAACUAAAAAGUCGGAGUCGAAUGAUUUAGAAGUUCGAGUGUGCAUGGAUUCUAGCUCAACGGAAUCUACGAUAAAAAUAGAAAUAGAGCCCGUUGAAUUAAAAGAGAUCGAGGAAAUGAGGUCUUUGGAAAAUAAAACUAUCUCAAAUUCCAAACCCCCGCAGCUACUCAAACCAGUAGAACAAUUGCCUGGGAAACCUGGAGAACUAAAUAUAAACGGAAAACGACUUCGAGCAGUGCCAGUUAAUAAGACCAACAACAGGCUCAAAUAUUUGCGUGUUCGUCUGCAAAGGGAGACAAAUCAGGCCAGGCGCAUGUCUUUCAAGGAGAAAACCAUGUCCUUCGCCAAGGAACAGAUCCGGACCAAGGCACUCAUCACCAAGUACCGUCUCAAGUUGGUCCACCUGCAGGAUGCCGAGAUUUUCAAGGUUACCAAGCACCUCGAGCAAAUGGAGGACCUACUCACCGAUGUGAACAACCGUCUGGUUAACCUAAGAAGUAAAAUCGUAAAGGAGUCCGAUGCCAAAGUCCGCCAGGUCGACGUCACCAACUCCUUUCACACAACGAGUUUUCAGAAACCACAACAACAGUCUAGAUUACUGGAAAAACCGAAAACAGAACACCAAAAGUUGCAGGAGGCCCUGGUUUUGGAAGCAUCUAAAGCCAAGGGUGUCAAGAAUAGCAGCAAUGAAAUUGGCUGCAAGAGAUGUGCAUUCCUCAGCAAGAUGAAAAAACAAGGACAACCCAGGCUUUGUAGAGUAUGUAAAAAAUGGGCUGAUGAUAAGGGCAAGGCCAAAGAAACAGUAACUAAAAAGUCGGAGUCGAAUGAUUUAGAAGUUCGAAUGUGCAUGGAUUCUAGCUCAACGGAAUCUACGAUAAAAAUAGAAAUAGAGGAGGACCAGGUUACAAGCAAAGACUCUAUCGACCCCAAAAUAAUCACAUCCAUACAAGAUACUCUUAAAUCCAUAGACAGUAAAAAUAUGGCUCUGGCACACCUGAAAAUUUUACAAGUGUACGCCAUGUUAAAUGAUAACUUUCGGGCCAUUGGCCUACUCACGGAAGUCGAAAAAUCCAUUAUCCACCAUCCCAAGAAGGAAGAUUUCGAUCUUUGAUUUAAUUUUUAAGCCGUUAAAAAUAACUUUAGAUUACUGCCGAGGUCUCAUGUACCAUAACGAAAUAAAGUUAUUAAACUAAUUUUAAACAAUUUUUUAAA